GCUGGAGCAGCCUUAGCUUGCGCUGCAUCUGUGUUCAUCAUUAAAAGCUGUCAUUAUUCUUUCCUUCUUUCUAAUACGGAUACACGGUGUGUUUCAGUAUCAGUGGAAUAAUAUGUGUGAUUGUGGGCACGCUGUGUAUCAGCCGUUGUGACUGACAGUUGGGCCAUCGUCUCAUGGUGCAUCAAACCAAAAGUGUAUCUCCAUUCGACCAGUCGACUGGAUGUAUUCGACCCUAACUGAUUCAUAUUCGGAGUGAUUGUUUGGAUACAGUGCGUGAUUAUUUCUAGUCCAUUCAGCCAUCUGAUUCAGCUGGAUUAUCAACGGAGUGAUGUUAAAAUGAAUACAAGAGAGAUAUUUUUAUUGAGUCCAGGGGCAUGAUUGCAAACAUGUGUGUGGAUGAACGGAGGCUUAUGGUUAUGGUAGAAGUGUAUUAACUAGAGAGUUGCUCCGAGAUAUGCUGGAGGUACCGUUUCUCCACCAUUCAAUCAAGCGCAGAGUAGCAAAUUAGAAGGGCAGUCAGAUUGACGAUGAGAGCAGUCUUGAGAUAGAUCAUAACUUGUCUCCACAGCGAAGGAGGAAAUCUAUCGCGAUGGGAGCCCAGCAGGGACGUGAAAUCCUAGUGGGCAGAUAAAACAUAAAAGUGGGUGAAAUCAUCCCAAGAUCAACUAGAUAAGUGAGCGAGUUCUACAAGGAGAGAGAACCUUUCUGAUUACUGAGGAGUGAUUUAAUUUGCAAACAUGGGAAAGUGUUGCAGUAAGAGACAGGAUCCUCAACCCCUAGUCUAUAAUAAAAAAACUGAGGCAGCCCUCAGCUCCAAGAGCAAUGGAAACUCGAUGGAUUCACGAUAUACAGCUGAUCCAAAUCAGAGUAGGGCUCAAGCGCGGGCCGAUAUAAUACGACCGAGGCAUACACCGCGUAAGAUACCUCAACCCCUUACCUCAACCUCACCCGUUGUUGUCUCACCAAUCCACAAUCCAAGAACAAAUAAAAUUGUUGUGGCACUGUAUAAUUAUACAGCGCGGGAGAGUACAGAUGUGAGUUUUGUAAAAGGCGAUCAAAUGGAGGUCCUGGAUGACUCUGAGCCAGACUGGUGGAGAGUCUUACAUCUGAGGACCCUCCAAGAGGGCCUCAUCCCCUGGAACUUCGUUGCAGUGGAACGUUCUGUUGAGAGUGAAGACUGGUUCUUUGAAAACGUUUCGAGAAAGGAGGCAGGAAAAUUGCUCCUCGUCGACGAGAAUCUACGUGGAACCUUCCUUGUGAGGCCGAGCGAGCAUAAUCCUCGGGGUUACAGCCUUUCUGUCAAAGACUGGGAGGAGGGAAGGGGACACCACGUGAAACACUACAAAAUAAAGCCACUGGACAAUGGUGGAUUUUUCAUCGCUACUAAUCAAACGUUCCCGACGUUACCAGCACUAGUAAUGGCCUACAGCAAAAAUGCUCUCGGUUUAUGCCACGUAUUGUCGAAACCAUGUCCAAAGCCUCAACCGGAUAUGUGGGAUCUCGGGCCAGAGCUCAGAGACAAGUGGGAAAUUAAUCGAAGUCAAAUUCAGUUAAUCCGAAAACUCGGUCAUGGAAACUUCGGUGAAGUUUACUACGGUAAAUGGCGAGAUAAAAUUGAAGUAGCUGUGAAAACUCUGAGGCCAGGAACAAUGUCAACGGAAGCCUUCCUUCAGGAGGCAGCGAUUAUGAAACAAUUCAGACAUCGACAUCUUGUCGCAUUGUAUGCCGUGUGCUCCAAGGAAGAGCCUAUUUACAUUGUACAAGAAUAUAUGUGUAACGGCAGUUUAUUAGACUUCCUCAGAACUGGUGAUGGAAAGUACAUGCAGUUUGAGGAUUUAAUUUACAUCGCUGCACAAGUUGCAUCGGGUAUGGAACAUUUGGAGAGUAAACAAUUGAUUCACCGAGAUUUGGCCGCUAGAAAUGUCCUUAUCGGAGAGAAGAAUAAAGCUAAAAUUUGCGACUUUGGCCUCGCUAGGGUAAUUGAAGAUGACGAGUACUGUCCUAAGCAGGGAAGUCGAUUCCCCGUUAAAUGGACUGCUCCGGAGGCCAUAGUAUAUGGCAGAUUUAGCAUCAAGAGUGACGUUUGGUCUUAUGGAAUUCUCCUCAUGGAACUUUUUACUUACGGACAAGUACCUUAUCCAGGUAUGCAUGGACGGGAAGUAAUUGAGCAAGUUGACAAAGGAUACAGAAUGCCAAAACCACCGGGUCAGCCACUGCCAGAUAGCAUUUAUCGUCUGAUGUUACAAUGUUGGGAUGCUUGUCCCGAAAAGCGACCCACCUUCGAGUUCCUCAAUCAUUAUUUCGAGUCAUUCAAUGUGACAAGUGAAAUACCUUACCUAGAACCACCAACGGACUGAUACACGGCGCAGAUGCCGGCACAAAUGAUGCCGCACUAUGCUCAUUAUCAUCCAGCUCAUCUUAAUUGUGCCAUGGAAUUCUACGGUAUUUAUUGUUGAACAAAAAAAAAAGAGAGGACGAUGACAAAGAAAAUAUUGUAAGAGAAGAUAGAUAAUAUUUGAUACCUCGAGUUUACACCGAGACCUCUUAAACAUUAUAUUUAUAUUCCUUCUGAUAUCGAAAAAAAAAAUUUUUGGAAAAACACUGCCAGGUCUUUGCCAAUAAUUUGUAGCAGACUAAAUGUCGUUAACUCUCUGUCACAAAACGCUCAACAAAGCGCACUUGGCUUCAAAGGGUUAAUGGCUUUUCUCGUGAGUUUGACUGUUGAAUCCACAUUUUUAUGUAUAAAUGAGUGCCAUGACCACGUUUUCAUUCCAUCAUCGGAAUUUUAUGAUUGUCACAUGUCGGUUGUUGAAGACGUGUUCUUCAAUCGAAAAUUUUGGAGUUUUGAGAUUAAUAUGAGGUUACACAGGAAAGAAGUGGAGAUUAUACCUAAAAUUUAAUCAUUACAAUUUUGUAAUAUCCCAUGAGGACAUUUUUAUGGUAGAUGAAAACCAAAAUAACCAUCAGAUUCACGUGAACAAGAAUAUUAAUAACUUUUGUAUUAGGGAAUGCAAAGGUAACCUGGGAAAUUAUUAGAGCUCAUGUAUUUUAAAUCGACAUAUUUAGAUAAUAUUUUUUGAGUAGAAGCAGUUGAUUUGACGUUUCCAUUUCACUUGAGUGUUAUAAAAUGAAGUCUUACUUUUUGAGGAUAAAAAAAAUAAAUACCUUGCCCUCCACGACCUUACGAGGGUUCGACACAAGUUCCUUAUUGAUUUUCAAUCUAGUAAAUACCUCAGCUCUGGUAAUUUCCAGGGAUUAUCUUUGUAUACGUCCUGCUUGUAAGUAAAGAGUGAACUUACGUUUCAGGUGUGAAAAUACUUGAGAGAAGGUAAUGAUUACGUAGUGGUAAGACGUGCUGCUGUUCACUCUGACAUUACAAGCAUUAUAUCUUUAAAAUUCAUCGAUAAUAUAUAAACGUUGAGAGACGAGAAUACUAUAUUAAUGUAUGAACUCAUACAAAAUUAGAGGUGAUAUAUCUCGAUCUGUACGAUGAUUGACUUGAUAGGGAAGAGUAGAGGCAUGUUGUUAGUCGCUCGUUAGACUGGCCCUCGAAUUUAGGCGAGCUGUUAUUGGUACGUUGGAGUUGGUAUUGAUCCUUUUGGAUCAGACCAAGAGCGUUUUCAAUCCAACACUGUUUGUCGUACGAUGUGAAAAUUUUGAAAGAAACAAAAAAAAGGGGGAAUUGGUAUUCUAUCUCGAAGGGGUGGGCUAGCGUCACCAGCUGGAGCGAUCGCGUCAACUACUUCCUACUUUAGGGCAGUUAGUGAGGUGUAUACACCCCGAAAACGAUCUUCGUAAAUUCCAAGUGGCCAAUACACAAUUUCUGAUGAGUUGCGCUACAAAUUAAGGCGUAUUACAGUCUUUUAGAAUUUCUUUGUCAGACAUAUUCACAAAUAUAUUUUGUCUUAGACCUUCCGAAGUCCUAAAUCUUCAGUGUUCACUGAACAAUCGAAUUCUGUUUUCGGGGUGAAUGCAGCACUGUAAUAACUAAUAUAUUUGAUAAAUUAAUCGAAUAAGAAGCCAAUCUAUGUCAGAAAUUCGAAACAAUCCAAAGUGACUGCCGUAAGGGCGUAGGUGCGAGAUGUAGGGCUGGUUGUAUCGAACAAAUUUAAAAACUGUUGCCAUUAUCACGGUUUGUCCCAGCCUAGAAUUUGAGUAGACAGUAAAAUACAUUUAUAUUUCCACACAAGAGCUUUAUUGAUGCCUAGAAGGAAACUUGUGCUUCAUUUCGUAGUUGACUAAAUCACUUUUAGAAAAAUUUAACAAUUGCAGACAUUUUUUGGCAAUUAUACGAAUUUUCCACCCGCAACUGUCGAGCUUAUUCUACAAUUUUGCAGAUAAUUCAUGUUUUUUUAUAGCAAUUUGCGUAUAAAAAUAAUCCCCCUACCCUUCCUCCCUAAAAUGAGGCGUACAGUGGUAAAUAGAUUUAAGUCAAUUUCACGAUUGAUCAGUUUUCAAUUAAUAUCCGGAGAGGUGGCAAACAAAAACUUUUGUUACAGCUUUGUUUAUAUCUUUAGGAGCUGAUAUCGCUAUCUAGACAUAAAUCGUUUUACUGCUUCGCUACUGAGAUAAUCAGUACAUAAUUGCGCAACCAGCCCUGAUAGAGACGAAAAGAAUUUUUAAAAAAACGUAAUAAAUUUGAAAUUAAGAUGAAGAAAAUGUUAGAUCUACCAGGUGAUUAAGGGGAAAAUUGUAAAUUUUCAUAGAGGUAUAGUAUGUAAGUAGAAUUCCCUUUGGAAUGGAAAUAAUACAUAAGAAAUCACAGGAAACAAGUUUGAUAUAUACAAAGGAAAGACUCUGCAGCAGAUAGUUUACCAGUAAAGUCUCCCGGUAAAAUACUUAUUUUGAAUUUUACAGUUGUUAGAAAACUAAGAUAAUCUUAACGAUAUUUUCCAUUUCAUCGAUGAUAGAGGGAAAAAUAAUGCAAUUUCCAACGUUGACAUUGUGAAGUAGCCAUUGUCAUGUUUUUUUAAAAAGAUAAUUAGUUCGUAGCGUGUACGUCCAACCACUUUUUUCUAUAAAAGUUUUUAUACCAACCGAAACGUUAUCCACGUAUGACCCGCACUGAUAUCCAAUUGUAAGAAAUUUGUAGUUUCUUAUAUUGAAUUUAAAAUGAGGAGAGUUUUUCCCCCCCGUUCUAUUCUCGAUAAAUCCCAGAUAGCAAGAUGUCGACAAUUGAUCGUUGUUACCUCUGAAUUUUGAUGGAAAUGUCAAAAUUAUAAAUCACCAUUAAUACGACAGUGCUGACAGUUUGAGGGACACGAUUGUGCAGUAAAUUCAGGAAUGAGACGGUAGAACGGUUCAAGCUGACUCAGCUCCGUGUGAAUUUUCUAGAAAUAUCUCUAAAUAUAACGAAGCUCACGGAAUUUCCAUUAAAAAAAUUUUGUAAAGUGAAUGGGCUAGAUACUUUUUACCGUUUCGUCAGUGAAUUGAAGGAGAAAUUUGACUGAAGGACAAACAAUGAUGAUCCUUGAGUUUGUUUGCAUUCGACUGAAAAAUUUUCGAUUCGCGUGCCAAGAUAAUCAGUAUCAUGCCAUACUUUAGUUUGCCCUGUGACUCUCCCGAAAUUGACAUUUCAGUGAAAAUGCAGAAAAAUCUGCAUGUAUAUCAAUUUAGUAAUUUUAUCAGUGUUCUCAGCAGACAGAUGAAAAAAAUAAUAACAGAGUAAAAGUUUGUAAAGUGUCGUGAGGCUCGGCAUAAGAAAGAUUUCACCAAAUCUGUGAUAUAGCGCAAACACACCUCAAAGUUUUGAUACUGAAUUUUCAAAUUGUACGGGCCCCACGACAUUGACGUCCAGAUGAUCUCAUCAUUACUGAUUCACCAGAAUAUUUUCCGCACUGAAGCGAAGAGUAGAAAAAAAAGAAGGAAUAUUUUUAUUCAAGGAUUAAUUGUCGUCAGAACCAAUCCAUAAUUUGCCAUUACACACGGUUCGAUGAUAAACAUAAUAUAUUUCCUGAUGGAUUGACAAAGAAACAAAUAAUUCAUAGAGAAUACGAUUGUUCAUCACGAUUGUUCAUGUACCAAAGCUUAUUACUGUAUUUGUGGAGUAAUUUAAUGAUUACUUUGUAUAUCGCUGUAUUAAUUACCUACCAUUGUCGUAAAAUGCUUAUGCAAAUUAAAUAUUUAAAUAUAUUAUGUAUAAUACUUCAACCAA